UUUUGCUCCGCAACAGUAAAACAACUAGCAAACAAUCAAAAUGUUCAAAUACUUCGCUCUCGUUUUCGUCGCGCUCUUCGCCUUCGCCGCUGCCGAGCCUAAACCCGCUGUGGUAGCAGCACCAUUGGCCUACUCAGCUCCUUUGGUCGCCUCCCCCUACUCCGCUGCCUAUGCUGCCCCAUAUGCCGCUUACGCCUCUCCCUAUGCCGCCUACGCUUCACCCUACGCCGCCUACUCCGCUUACCCAUACAGCGCCGCCUAUGUGCUCCGCAAGUAA